GCCGCAACGCCGCAACGCCGAACCGUCUGACGACACCAACCGAACUCAUCCGUCAUAAGGUUUGAAGAGGGAGACAUACUGAAUUUUGGACAUCGAUAUUCGAGGACCAAGCAAUAUUUUCAGGGUAAUUUUGCUGGUUUUUAUUAUUGUAUCAAUUCGCAAUCCAAUUCGAUACGCUCGGUCGUUCCCUCAGCAAGACUGCUGCCUUUGACCCUUCUCGAAUCCCCCCACUCAAAUACCGCGCAGGUUUCGUUCCCGCGCUCUGCGAUGUAUGCUACGCAAUAACGCUAGACUUUGCUGCUUUGUAUCCGACACUACCGAUACCGAGAGGAGCCAUGCCCUCGCGCCUGCGCCGCCUCCCACCGAGGACCUCCCUCAGCGCCGUGUCUCGAGCCCUUCGGACGACGCCGAGCUGCCCCCACCAGCGCGCAUUCCGUCCAACAUGCGCGUACUCGACAAACGUGGUGCGGAGGACCCGUGGGUCGCCAGGCCUUGAGCGCCGCUUCCGCGCGGCGUCGCACGUUGUGUUUCCCGCCACGUUUGUCGCGGGACAGCGAAGACGAGCGUCGGUCGCGGCGGCAGAAGCUGUCGAGAAUACUAAUACCGAGGAUAUUGGACCAAUACAAGAGUACGACCGGCGAGUAGCAAACGGCGUGCUCCGAAACGACGAACACCAGAGAGGGAUAAUUCAGAGUCUGCAGCACCUACACGAAGAGUUACGACACUAUCACGCCCCGCCCGUCGUGCAACCGACGAUCGAGUCCUUGAAGCCCAGCAAGUCCCUCUUCUCGUGGUUCGGGAGCAAGCCGCCCAGGCGCGCGAUCCCCGGCAACCUCCCGCGGGGGCUCUAUUUGUACGGCGACGUGGGCUGCGGCAAGACGAUGCUGAUGGACCUCUUCUACGACACGCUGCCGGCGAGCGUGCGGUCCAAGACGCGGAUCCACUUCCACAACUUCAUGCAGAGCGUGCACCAGCGGCUGCACAAGAUGAAGCUGCAGUACGGGGGCGACGUGGACUGCGUGCCGUUCGUGGCGGCCGAGAUCGCCGAGCAGGGCAACGUGCUCUGCUUCGACGAGUUCCAGUGCACCGACGUGGCCGACGCCAUGAUACUGCGCCGCCUGCUCGAGUCGCUCAUGUCGCACGGCGUCGUGCUCGUCACCACCUCCAACCGCCACCCGGACGAGCUCUACAAGAACGGCAUCCAGCGCGAGUCCUUCAUCCCCGCCAUCCAGCUCCUCAAGACCCGCCUGCACGUCAUCAACCUCGACUCCACCACCGACUACCGCAAGAUCCCGCGCCCGCCCUCGGGCGUCUACCACACGCCCCUCGACGCGCACGCCGCAUCCCACGCCGAGAAAUGGUUCCGCUUCCUCGGCGACCCGGACACGCCCACCCCGCACCAAGAGGUCCAGCGCGUAUGGGGGCGGGAGAUCGUGGUGCCGCGGGUGAGCGGGCGGUGCGCGUGGUUCACCUUCGACGAGCUGAUCGGGCGCGCGGCGGGCGCGGCCGACUACCUGGAGCUGAUGCGGUCGUACGACGCCUUCGUGGUGACCGAGGUUCCCGGCAUGACGUUCCGGCAGCGCGACCUCGCGCGCCGCUUCAUCACCUUCGUCGACGCCGUCUACGAGUCCCGCGCCAAGCUGGUCCUGACCACCGCCGUGCCGCUGCCCGAGCUGUUCGUCUCGCGCGCCGAGAUGCGCGAGUCGCUGCUCGCGCGGCGGCGGCGGGAGCAGGAGAAGGGGAGGAAGGGAACAGAUGGCGGCGACGACGAUGACGUCACGGCGGCGGCGGUGGACGAUGCUACGGACCAGGUGCUGGACGACCUGGAGCACAACGCCGGGCAGCUGGCCAAGUCGAACCUGUUCAGCGGUGACGAGGAGGCGUUUGCCUUCGCGCGCGCGCUGUCCCGGCUGAGCCACAUGGGCAGCAAGGAGUGGGUGGAGAGGGGCAUGGGCUUGGAGAGCCAGGGCGGCAAGCCGGAGCACGACAGCUGGACCAAGACGCGGAGUCGGCAGAUGGAGGACAGCAUGUGAAGGAGAUGGAUGUUGGGUGGCUGGGGAGCAUUAUACCCUGUCGAACCGUGGGUUUUGUGCAUCGCAUAUAGAGGUUACGGAUAGGCAUUUUGCAGCGUUUCUAGAAGGGGAGACACUGGAAUACAGACAUUUGACGACAACGAGCAAGACUCAUAAUAAUUGGUGGCGCGAAAGGGUAUCUAUCGUGAUUACCAACACUCCUGAACGCUU